AUGGAAAAUAGGCCAAACAAAAAGUCGGCCACAGUGCGAUUUGCAAACACGGUCCGUCAAAUUGAAGAAUCACUUCAAGAGCUAAAAGAAGAUGAAACGAGGGAUCAAGAGCAGGUGGAAGAUGUGAGAGGAGACGAAGGAAACAGCGACGACGGCUGGGACACAGAUUUAGAAAUUUCAAGCAAAGCAGUAAGAAAAACUCGCAGAAGUGCAGAUAUCACCGGGAAAUCGUCGUAUCUGCGCACGUGUCGUGCUCUAGGAGUCUCACCAGCGACAGCCGUGCUCGAAGCAAUCCACACUCCGGAAAUUAUGUUAGCCCACCACGGUCUAGGGCCACAAGGGGGACGGGCUCUUGCCAAGGCCCUCAUAAAGAGCACGACAGUGGAAAAGCUUGACUUGCAAGAAAACAGCCUCGGAGAGGAAGGAGUGGAAUGGUUCGCCCAGAUGUUGCUUGAAAAUUGUUAUAUCAAGUUCUUAAAUCUCGCGGAUAAUAUGAUGACUUCGGGCGGAGCGCGCGCCAUGGGCAAAGUGAUAUCGGAAAAUAGAUACCUUCAGUGGUUAAAUCUAUCGUUCAAUAACCUAGUGGACAAGGACGCAAAGCCGCUUUCCAAAGGCUUGGAAAACACAACGAGUCUAAAAUAUCUCAAUAUGAGUCAAAACUCCUUUUGCGAAAGCGGUGGUGAGUUUCUGGGUCCUGCACUGGCGGAAAACAAUAGCAUAACUGAGCUUAAUCUGAGCUGGAACCAUCUCCGAUUGAAAGGCGCCAUCGCUAUCUGUAAAGGUAUGAGACACAACAGCGCUAUAGAGAUCCUGGAUCUUUCUUGGAAUGGAUUUGCGGACGAGGGGGCCGAAGCCAUGGGAGAAGCACUUAAAAAGAACGACACACUUCUGGAGCUUGAUCUAAGCUACAACAGAAUCACGGAAAAAGGAGCUUUGGCCUUGGCGAAAGGUCUCCAGAUAAAUCAAACGUUACGCGCGCUAAAAAUCGGCUCAAAUCCUUUGGGAAACAGCGGCUGUUUUGCACUGAUGAAAGCGAUCAAAACAAACUCCAACUCUGCUUUAGGGGAGCUGCACUUGGAUAAUAUCACCGUGAAGAAGAACUUUUUAGGUAUGGCCUUUUUUCUGUUCAUAUUGCGUUCAGAGGCAUCCAACGACUUUUAUUCUGCUAAACUACUGGUCGAAGGAACAAAUAUUGCCUAGAAAUGUCUAAAGCUCAAACAAGGCUACAGAUGUCUGGAUAACAGUUCCAUCAGAUUCUAAGAUAUCCGGAGGUUGUGUUUUUCACAUUUUAUUACCAAGAAACGGCGAUUAUUGUUUAAAAAAGGGCCUCGUAAAAAUAUCAGUGUAGAGAAAAAAGUCUCCUAGAAUUUUCUAAUGAAAGUACGGGUACUCCAUUUCAAGCUCAUGGUAAAAAAAGUUUUGAAAAAUAUGUUGAUAUCAUGGAAUAGAUACGACAAAAAGCUUAUUCUUGGAUUCUCUAAUUCUCUACAUUUUAUCUUAGUUUGCCACAAAAGCUGGCAGUUUCCCAGAGAAAGAAAUUGGUCUGACAAGUCUGUAAAAUUUUUUAUUAAUAGUCGUUACUUUACUCGAACGAAGGCAACAGAAAGACUGCCGGAAAUUAUCCCUUUUUACUAAUUUUUUAAGGAACAUUUUUAAUCAGUAUUUUGCUCGAAUUUUUCCCAUAAAGAGUGCAAUUUGUCAGACCAUCUGUCACAGAAAUAUUGCUUACUAUCAAGUUAGCUCCACGAUGUAUUUUACCGUAGAUUGGAAUAGUUAUGAAACCUGUCAGAAUCCUUUGCUACAUGUUUUUUUGGACCUGAGGGUGCAGAGCGUUCAAUAGCAUUCCUAGCAUUUUGAUGUUAUUGACCCAUAAAAACGUUCCAUUAAUUCAUUCCGUCGCAAUUUGCCAACAGAAAAAAAAGGAUUGUGCACCUUCGGGGAACUUCCAACAUAAACUGCAGCACUGUGGUUUUUAUAUUUGAUGUUUGUUGCCUUUCAUAACCAGUCUGCUCUAAUAACUAUGAUUUUACUAGUAUUUAGACUUGCCUACAAGUCGAGCUCAAAUUUUUUCACGAGCGCGAAGCGCGAGCGGUAGAUUUUUUAUGUUUUCUGCGGCAAAAGCGAGAGAGAUCGAGAGCUUUACGGGAACCGGAAAUGAGAAGCGAAGGACUUUGAGAAAGUCUAACUAGUACUAAGCUCUCUCUCUGUCCCGCUUUUUCUCGUUAUCAGGCCCUAACACUUUUUCUCUUGGUGUUGCGAGCGGGUGUGAACAACAAAUUAUGUAAUACCAACGCUUUUAAAGACACUCAAUGACAGCCCACACCACAUCACGAAAGCGAAGCAAAAAUGGUUUCCGCAACAUCAAAAAGUACACUCGAAAAUAGCCCGCUUAAGCUAAAUUAACAAUCAAAAAUUAUCUCUUCGUAGCCUGACAGCCUAACAGUGUCUGAAAGACUAAUAAUGCAGACCUUCAGCUUCUACAUACGGACUAAAGCACUAAAUAUUGACUUGUUUUGAACUGGAAUAUACAAUACAGAACUACAUUCAAUAGCCAGCGAAUUACAGUAACGAACACAUUAUAGCUUUGUUUUUCGGCUCCGCGCAAGCAGCAAGAAAAGCUUCAUAAGCAUUAAUCACCGAAAGGAAAUUUCACCACAACUGUACAAAAGACGCGAUACAUCUAAUUACAUCUUACUGAAUAGCCUUAAUGUCACAAUUAACACUUCUCAUUGAACUAAAAAAACUGAACGAACACAAAAAAACUGGAGACAACGGUUCUAUCGUUUCCUUGCAUGUGCUACAAGAAAAGUGUUUUACGUUUCUUACCGUCCAAUGAAAGCAAGCAAUAUUACUUACCGAAAGCCUUCUAAAGGUAGUCAAAAGCCAACUUAAUUCUCUGGGGAAACCGUGUUUGUCAGACAAUCUUAAGUUGAAUUUAGAGGGAUAAUUAACAUGCCCAAAGCUCUUCCUUUACGUAAUUAAAAGACAAAAACACACAGCUUUUAUCGGCUAAGUUUAGUAUGUGUUAAUAAGUCAAAUCUUCAAACAGCUAAUAACUUUAAGCCGCUCGUUUCCUGCCUAGAAGUUGGCAAAAUCUAGGCUAUCAAACGUUAAAGACGCACAAGACUUGAUACAGGUUUAGUUUAAAGUACAGCACUGAACGGACAGUUAGUUACAAAGACGAAAACCAAAUUGUGUAAAAGCAGUUUAUCGGAUAUUAAGCCGGCCAAACAAAAAAUCGAGCGCCAAGAACCGAUUGUUUCUUUCGAAAGGAAGACAGAAAGAGAACAAUAUAACUUGGUCAAUUCACUUACAGAAUGGAAAAUAGGCCAAACAAAAAGUCGGCCACAGUGCGAUUUGCAAACACGGUCCGUCAAAUUGAAGAAUCACUUCAAGAGCUAAAAGAAGAUGAAACGAGGGAUCAAGAGCAGGUGGAAGAUGUGAGAGGAGACGAAGGAAACAGCGACGACGGCUGGGACACAGAUUUAGAAAUUUCAAGCAAAGCAGUAAGAAAAACUCGCAGAAGUGCAGAUAUCACCGGGAAAUCGUCGUAUCUGCGCACGUGUCGUGCUCUAGGAGUCUCACCAGCGACAGCCGUGCUCGAAGCAAUCCACACUCCGGAAAUUAUGUUAGCCCACCACGGUCUAGGGCCACAAGGGGGACGGGCUCUUGCCAAGGCCCUCAUAAAGAGCACGACAGUGGAAAAGCUUGACUUGCAAGAAAACAGCCUCGGAGAGGAAGGAGUGGAAUGGUUCGCCCAGAUGUUGCUUGAAAAUUGUUAUAUCAAGUUCUUAAAUCUCGCGGAUAAUAUGAUGACUUCGGGCGGAGCGCGCGCCAUGGGCAAAGUGAUAUCGGAAAAUAGAUACCUUCAGUGGUUAAAUCUAUCGUUCAAUAACCUAGUGGACAAGGACGCAAAGCCGCUUUCCAAAGGCUUGGAAAACACAACGAGUCUAAAAUAUCUCAAUAUGAGUCAAAACUCCCUUUGCGAAAGCGGUGGUGAGUUUCUGGGUCCUGCACUGGCGGAAAACAAUAGCAUAACUGAGCUUAAUCUGAGCUGGAACCAUCUCCGAUUGAAAGGCGCCAUCGCUAUCUGUAAAGGUAUGAGACACAACAGCGCUAUAGAGAUCCUGGAUCUUUCUUGGAAUGGAUUUGCGGACGAGGGGGCCGAAGCCAUGGGAGAAGCACUUAAAAAGAACGACACACUUCUGGAGCUUGAUCUAAGCUACAACAGAAUCACGGAAAAAGGAGCUUUGGCCUUGGCGAAAGGUCUCCAGAUAAAUCAAACGUUACGCGCGCUAAAAAUCGGCUCAAAUCCUUUGGGAAACAGCGGCUGUUUUGCACUGAUGAAAGCGAUCAAAACAAACUCCAACUCUGCUUUAGGGGAGCUGCACUUGGAUAAUAUCACCGUGAAGAAGAACUUUUUAGGUAUGGCCUUUUUUCUGUUCAUAUUGCGUUCAGAGGCAUCCAACGACUUUUAUUCUGCUAAACUACUGGUCGAAGGAACAAAUAUUGCCUAGAAAUGUCUAAAGCUCAAACAAGGCUACAGACGUCUGGAUAACAGUUCCAUCAGAUUCUAAGAUAUUCGGAGGUUGUGUUUUUCACAUUUUAUUACCAAGAAACGGCGAUUAUUGUUUAAAAAAGGGCCUCGUAAAAAUAUCAGUGUAGAGAAAAAAGUCUCCUAGAAUUUUCUAAUGAAAGUACGGGUACUCCAUUUCUUCGAAAUUUCGACCGGACCCAUCAAGGUAGCAAACAAUUUUCCUUGGAGGGAUUAAGGGUUCGGAGGGUAGGGGGUAUUUCAAUGACCAGGGGGGGAGGGACAAAUCACACUUUAUCCCCUUCCGGUUACUCCUACCACACAAGAUAGGUUUAAACGUGCGAGAGAAAUGCUUUAUAGCAAAUUUAUUCCGAAUAACCUUGCCUGUAAUUUGAAAAACCCUGUUCACAGGUCUACUGGAGGACUACAUGAAAGAAAAACCCGAUUUUCAAAUUAACUACGGUGCCAAUCCACAAAUAAACCGAAACAGAAGAGGAACCAUGGCAAGUACGUUUGGCAACUUCGACAAAGAUUCCGGCAGAAGGGUGAAGCACGAGCUACUGACGGCCCUGAAGAAUUUCUUGCUGGAGAAAAGACUCAGGGCCGUAGAUCUGUUCAAUUGUUUGGAUAAAGACAAAACACAGAGCGUAAGUCCAGAUGAGAUGUUUGUCGGAUUGAAGAAGUUGAAUGUACCACUCAGUGAUCCGCAGCUUAAGAGGCUGAUUCGAAUUCUAGAUAGAGAUGGUGAUGGAGAAAUUGACUACGGAGAAUUUGCCGCGGUCAACGAGAUAUAAUAAGCCAUGUUGCAACACUCAAGUUUGGGAAAACUCUGCACCCUCUCACGAUAUAUGCUAUGGUGUUCUGUAAAGCUAAGGUAAAAAUUGUAACACGCAAGUUUGAGAAAACUUCGCGCCCUCUCGUAGGAUAACACCCUCCUCGAUCUCCACGAUUGCUCGGAUCAUGAUUCAUACGAAAGACGAAUCCAAUAAUUGUUAGUUAGCCACAUACCCAUCACCACAUUUAUAUUACAGAUACAACUGACUCAUCGACAUCCCAAAUCCCACCGGUGGGAAAAUGAUGGUCACAGAGAUAUAUACGUCCGAAAUAAAUAUCGCAUAAACACUUGCAUUGCGAAUACUGAUGCGAGAUCUUUUUUUUUUGCUCAAAAAGCCCAAUUUGAGUCGUAAUUUUUCUUUCUCAGCCGUGACCCUUUAAGCCUUAAUAUCCACUCACAAAUUAUCCAAACUGGUUUCUAUACAUUUCUAUGAAGAAUUCGUUGAGAGAACUACUUUGUCAAUUCUCACAACCUUUUUAUUUAUUGUGCAUUGUUAUUGUUAGGAGAAAGAUGAUGUCGGUCACUCUUUCUUCAGCCCUUGUUUCAGAAUUCCAGUUUAGCAAGAUUAGAGUCUUUUGCAUACGAUUUUUUUUUUCGAACUACACCAAGCAUGGCUUAGUCACAGUGUAAUUUUAAUGUAAACUAGCAGUGAUGGAACUAUUUCUCCUCCAUCGGAACAUAUGCAUGAGCCGCAUCACCAUCAAAUAUAACUAUUAGUAUUAAGCAUACCUGGAUCAUGGCCCAGGAAGGCGUGGCCGUUUAAGAGAGCUUCUACGAUCGCCAAGUUGCUUGAUUGACGUUUAAGACAGGUAUUACAAUUUCUUAUGACGAACUCACAGUUUUACGGUUACAGGAAGUUCAUCCGAUAAUUUGUAUUCAUUAUAAGAGCCGGUAAUGUCCUUUCAGAAUCGCAUUCACUGUAUGGACGGGAUGAAGCUCUUAAUUCUUCGGGCAAUGAAAAGAUAUUUGUCGUUCAAUAAAACAAACGGAUUGUAACCCAGUCGUGACGUUUUUUUUCCUGAUUUUCCCAUACUGGAGAAUAUUCAGAAACGAUAUGGACAAGUAUGAGGCGCAAAAACCGCUUUUACAAACUAAAGUAAGACGCGAAAGUCGUGAGUACAGGUCUGCUCCUGUCAAGUCCACAUAAAUAACACAUUUUUUAAGUUAAAUGUCAGUGUGUGUGACGAUUUUAGUUUGGAACAACUAAAAACGCGCCACAUUCGUUUCAACCUUGAACGAACAUUAUUUUGUAUUAACAGAAGCAUUUAAGAAUUACUCACAAUUUAAGAGGUCCAAACCGCCACGUGUGAACCCGAAGAAGCUAAAAGAAGAACGAAAAGAAAAAACGAGAAUUAAUGAACAGCUAUGGUGAAAAGGACAGUCUUUUAGGUUAGAAACAUUUGGGGAAUCUCAUCUCGAAACCAGCAGACCUUCUGGUGGGAAACUGUAAUUGAAGAUAUUGGCCUGGUAGCAAUAAUUCGCCGUUUUUUUUUAAAGAACAAAUACAUGUGUAGGAAAGUAGCCAAGUUCCGGUAAGUCAAACAUUUUAUUUCCCAAGGGGGUAUGUCACGCUUUUUCCUAUCUUUUUAGAAAGCUGAAACGUGUCUUGAGCGUCAAUUGAAUUCAAUAAAAUAAUAGUCCAGUAUUGUUAUCUAAGACUAUAUUUAGGAUUGAAACUGUUGCUAUAGCCUGUGUACAGAGCCCCUCUCCCCUCAAUAAAAAUCGGAGACGGGCCCUUCUACGGUUUUUACUGAGGGGAGGGGAGGUCUGUACACAGGCUACUGUCGCCACCGAUGGCAAGGACGAACAUGGUUUGAAACGUGAAAAAAUUGAGCCAACGUUUUCAAGUUUUGAUGUUAUGCCUGCAAAAAUCAUCAAAAAAAUAUUAUGAUUGGAGCGCUCCCUGAUAAAAUUUGUUUCAUACCUUCUUAUUUUAACUCUAAAGAGGCAUUUUGGGUAAAGUCGAACCAAGUAAUGACUUCAGAUUGAUCUAAACCAGCAAUCACCACGUGACUUGGCCCCUUUUAGUGAAACAACUUCCUUGUAGUUCAAGUACCAAGAUAUGACCCAUCCGCUGUCAGAAAUUUUUAACAAAAUACUCUUUUUGUAAGAUGCGGAUCAAUUUAUUCUUUAUUCAAAGCGAAUAGUCACUGUUUCAAAAUACUUGACCAUGAAACUUGCCAAUUUUAUGACAUUUCUUUAAACAGAGUUACUGACUUGUUAGCAGUGCUGGUGAAGCAGUGCCAAUAUAGUAAGCCGGAAUCUAUUAGCAAUUCUAACUAUCUGAGCACCAUUAUGUCGCGAUUGAGCAAGCUUUCCUUCUGGUGUGGGCGGAAUAUUCUUAUUUUUUCUUCCGAUUUUAGACUGAAAAUAUUCUUGUGUUAUUCUUAAAUUAUAGCUUAUGACAUUUCCGUUUUAGAAUUAUUGGAGUAUCAAUUACUGUUAGUGCUUGUUUCUUCAAACAUAAAUGACAAAACAGCCAAGACAAAAGCGACCUGAGGUUUCCCGAUAUUUCGGACGGACAAGAGCCGUCCUUCUUUAACGGUUUUCCGAAAAUAUCGGGAAACCUCAAGUCGCUUUGUCUUUGCUGUUUUGUUAGUAAUGUUUAUAUUUUUGUCUUGAAUAAAACACCUAGAUAUCGUCAUUUUAUGUAAAAAUUUUCCAGGUUCUUUUGUUUCGUUGGUUAGUUUAGAGAAAGGAAUAACUUUGUACGGUUAAGCUAAAGAACAUAUAUUGUAUUUACGGAUUUUCAGCACAAAAAAUCAUAUCAUUUACAGCUUCGGGUUCAUUCUUGAAAUAUUCUCUAAAUUUCGCAAAUUUCAGCCUCAAUAUCCUUACCUCAUACUACUGACAGUGUAAACCACCCCCAAGUUAAAAAAAAAAACACGAAAAAGACAGGAUGUUAAGCUUAUUAGACUUGUUGUUUUAUAUCUUUAUUUUCCUUCUGAAUUUUCAAAAUUCAAACGUGAAUACAUCAUGAAUGCACACUGUUAGUAUCUUUUGCUCUUGUCAUGCAACCUGGUUCCCAGGGUCUCUCUUCCAGGUGACAGGGAAAAGAGAGAGAAAGAGAGACACACUGGAAACCAGGUUGCUUUUUUGCCUAGUCCCUAGGCCUCAUUAUUGUGCGCGGCCGAUGCGUUUCUGGUCACGUGGUCCGAGCACGUUUUUUUUCUUGACCGUUCGUCUCAGAUACAUCACCAAAAUGCAUUUACCGAGAAGGCCUGGGAAGAUGCCAUACAGGGACUAGGGCAAGUUGCUGUUAAUGUCUUUGUUCUUUAACUUUUACAUCCAAUGCUGAUCAACAUCAAUUUUCUCUUGAAAGUAUCAAUAAAUUAUCAAGGGAAACGGUUUGAAGAAAAUGGUUCGAUCUUUUCAAAUUCUCUCAACUGAUUAGGGUAAUGUAUGAGGCAUGGAGAUCAGUCUGGAGAUUUUGUAGGAUCGAUAUAUUGGCUUAAUGGGUAACACUGGCAGAUCUAGGGAGACCCCCCUUAUUUUUUGCCAAAGAAUGAGUCCUGCAGGGCCAAGAGAUCCUUUUUUAGAGGGGGGGAGAGGAGGGGACACCCCUCUUAUCACAAGAUCUGGUAGCACCCUUCCACUUUCUUCAAGAUCUGAAUUCGCUAUUGUAAAUACAGCUAUUUCAAUGUGCGUUGUAGGAUUACAAACAGGCAAUUUUUAAAAAUGCCAUGAACCAAAGUUCUCCUGUCAUAAAACAGCAAAGGUAGUCAUUUGUGACCCUUUUAUACUAUCCAUGAAAUGUUUGGCAUGUUUCAAAGGAUUCAAAGCUACUUGCAUGACCUUGCAGUCUAGUCGCAUAAGUUUGAGGCCUUAAAAUCCAGGAAAGUUCCAUAGCUGAAUACUAAAAAGAAGCCAGAUUAAGCUGUUGCUUGAGUCAGAAGGGUUAGGAUCUCCAUGCCUUACGUCUUCAUUCAGAUUUUAUGAUAUAUUUUUUGUUUACAACGUUAUUCAAACUAGUUGCUUCUUCUUUCUAGAAAAAAGUAGCCGGCCUCUAUGAGCAAAGUAGCCGACGCGUUCCGUCGGCUAUCGGUACUUAUUAAAACCCCUGGGAGAGGUGGCUGUUAGUGGAGGUUCAACGGUAAUUUCUGAUAUUCUAAGUAAAAGGAAGCAUCAAAAAUUGGAUUUACUGAGUGGUUUUGUAAACUUGCUAACUAAAAUGCCAAAUAACACUUGUUAGGCUUACAUGUAUGAAUUAAAAACUAUUAAAUUAUUGUAAAGUUCCCCUGAAUGUAUACAGCCGAACCUCCCAUAAGUGACCACCCAAAAUGCAAAGACUAAGUGGUCACGUACGGAGGUGGUCAUUUACAAGAAUCAAACCACAGGAAGCCUUUUCCGAGAAGAGGUCCAGACAUGGAAGACAAUUUAAUGCAUGCAAUGCCUAAGUUACGACAUGUGUAGUUCCAUGUUGUCACUAAAGUUCUUUGCAUAUUCUAAGUAGCACAGUGCACAUAGCGAACGUAGACAUCAGAGAAUGCAUCAAGUGGCCGCUUAAAAGAGGUUAAUAAACAAUGGAAAAUCAUUAACUGUCAGGCCCAAAAGGUGGUUGCAGUCACUUACAGGAGGUGGUCAUUUACUAGAAGUUCAAACUCUAAGGCUGUUACUGGGAAAUCUUGGUGUUUUGGGUUAGCGGUCGUUUAUGGGAGGUGGUCACUUACGAGGGGUGGUUGCACAUGGAGGUUCGACUGUAAAUCUAAAUAAAGUUCGCAGGGACCAUAAUCCCUCUAAGGCCAAGUUUAUACGUCAUACAUUUGCCAAACUCAAUUAUAUUGGGUUUAACAGAAGUACAACAGAAGCACAACAUCAAUUCAUACCUUGUGACUGAGUUGAACGUAAUAUUGUGAACGUAUUAUCAAGACAAUGGCUCUGAAACUAGUUUUCAAAAUGAAUAAAUUUAGAUUAACAUGGCAUAAGCACAACGUUUGAAUCACUACCACGCCAGAGUCAGGGGAACAAAAGCAGAAAUUCAAUACGGAUAAUAUGUCACUACCCAGAUCUGAGAACUGAUUUUGAUUGGAUAAGGGAAAUUUUCAACCAAUGGUCACCACUCAGAUCUGAGUAUUGACCAAUAUCAUUAUGGAAUUUCUCUGCUCAUAAUCCUCAGACAUCAUAGUUGUGACAGCUGUUUUCUAUAAUCACUGGCAUAAUCCAAAAUCAGAUCUUGGAGGUCACUUUAACGCAAAUAUAUGCCCGCAAUCUGGUAGAAAAGUUCAAACGGCUGUUCAAAAUGAAAAAUUUUACAUUGAAUAUAGAUCAGUCAAUCUGGUAGAAAAGUUCGAAUGGGUAUUUGACAUUGAAUGUGAUGGACAAAAAAUCUAUUGAAAUAAUAAUAUAAUAUUGUUGAAAGUCGGACAACAAGAACAACAAGAACUUCUUGACUAGCAUUGUGGAUAAAACACAUACUAUCAAAACCUGGACAGGAAUGAAACAAUAAAACACUUACUAGUGUCACAAAUAUCUGCUAUGAUCCUUGGUAUCUUUUUUAGAAGCUAAUUAUGAAACAAUGUAUGUUAAGGUUUGCUUAGAAUACAAUAGCUUUUACCGGUUUGUUUGCGCAAAGGGAUCAACUGUUUUAUGUCAACUGGUCACGAAUGCCAGGUAAUUGGAUAGGGCAAGGGAAACGAUUUCUGUCGCCACUCGCGCCCCGUUUCAUUCUCUGCCCCCAUUACUGUAGUGAACGGGAGAGGAAAGAAGACUGCAAACCUUGAGUGACAAGCGUGACAAUAGUUUUGUUUGAAAAAACGUUCCGCCAAACUUCAACUCCUUUCUUUCUUUCACAGAUGUUUUUUUUAAACGACCAGAAAAUAUUAAUGCUGGGGAAGAUUACGACAAAACGCGCAAAUAAUGGCCCUGUCGCGUUUGUCACACUCAAACGUUUUGCUGUCCUCUUCUUUCUGCCGUCCUAUUGCGAAAACUCACUCAAGCGCCUGCAGUGAAGGCUUCACAAGCCAUUAAAUUCGAUUUCCCCCGUGAAAUUCAAAGUUGAAACAUUAAGCUUAAAUCCGAGAUCGAGAACGAAGUAAACUAUGUAUUCUUACCCUUUCCGACACUUGCGAAGCAAGCAAGUACGCUGUCGCCCUUCCCCCGAUUUCAGCGCGGUGACAUCUUGAAAGUUACUUCCACGGCAAGUAUUUAAAAAAGGCUGAUAAAAUUUUCUUCAUUACACUCCCCAAUAGUUGUUAUAGGUCAUUUUUCCCUUCUUCAUCUUGUUUCUGACGCCGUGAAACGAGUAAUUUAUAUCUUCCGAAGGAAAUUCAACACGAUUUGAAUUCCCGCCUGGCGGAGCGAAAGGCCUGGCAACUGUAAGCGGCCACCCCCCCCGCCCCACCUCCACCCACACUACCCCGGUCAUUUCCCGUCAUAAGACCUCCUAGGAGAACGAACACCCUCUAGUACUGCGUAUAUGUAAGUGCUACAGCUAGUUUUCUUGAUUGUUACAAAAGUAUGGUUUGACUCCAAUACAGCCUCGUCCAUAGCAAAGUCAUUUUGAAAAAAAAAGAAUAAAAAAUAUAAAGAAGGAACUUGCCUUUUUGACUCCCAAGGGAUCAUUUCCAUAGCGACGAAUGUUCCGCUGUAAAGUAAGGAACGACUGCGUUCCGAAAAGGCAGAAAUAUCAGAGUGGUCGAUUUUCUUACUGAUAUUUGUGAUUUAAGAGCAAUUAUUUAACUUUGGAGAAACUCGAGGUAAGCAAGGCUUGCUUUAAUGCUACAGACAGUGAACAAGGUAACCAAGACCUAGUUCAUUGUUCAUUUCUUUAUUACCCUUUCAAUCAAUUAAUCAUGGCAGGAACACACAACAAAUAGUUUAGAUGUUUAGUGUACAUGAGCAUCCUUUUUUCAAACCAUGGAUUAAUUUUUAAGACCAGUACAUGAUGUAUUCAGCUUUUGAUCGUUAACGCUAAGGUAGUUAAAUCCUUGCCUUUCAAUUUAUGGGAUCAAUUCUAUCCUCCCGCGACACUGAGGGAUUAAUACAUUUUUGUGUUUGACACAAAGGCCUUCGAUCGCGAGCAAAAAUCGUUGCACAAAGAAAACGCCUCACGUUGAGAUAAACAUUCUCAGCAGUCACGCAGAAGUGGAAAGAGAAAAUACUGAAAUGAUCUAAGUUAUUUCAUAUGUGUGUAGGAAUCGAUCGGAUGUAGUAUAAAUGCGAAGUAGUCUAGCUAGUGAAUUGGUUACUAAGGAACAUCGAAAUGCAUUUUUAAUAUGAGCUUGAAUACUUUUGUUAAAUAAGAAUUUUAGUGCAUCUCUAUAAAUUUAGCCCUAGUCUAGUUAGCCGAGUGGAUAACCUUUAAAAAGCCAGGAUUAUCGACGGAAGGCAUAACACCUGGCACGCAGAAUGAUCUUGUCGCCCUCAAAUUUGCCGCACGUGCCUGGAAGUACUGGAAAGAAUUUAAUAAUUAACUCUUUUCAAAUUUGGGUAAGAAAUAUAAAAUGAAACUUAAUGUUUUUUAAUUAUAGGCCAGUUUUUUCGAUAAUAUUAAGAUAUAUUAUUUUUUGUAAAUUAUCAUUUGGAUAAAAUUUAUUGCAUGGUUUGAUAGACAUUUUUUUGAAGAGAACAAAUAUGUCAGCCAAGCUUUGGCAGAUGUCAUAGCCUUUAUUUCACUAAGCCAACAAAUUUUGCAAGAAGAUAAACAUGGAUCCCAUAAAUAAAUUUGUCCAAGCUCCAUUUGCACUCCCAUUACAUCAAAGCAAUAUAUUUUUUUUAUUACAGUAUUACAUGUAUGUUAACAUAUGUUACAUAUGUUAACAUUAGAUCACCUUUUUUCGGGACAGGGCUUUGUAACAGUGUAUAAUGCACGCAAGAGCUACAGUGAAGAAAGUUGACAAGACUUUAAAGACCUUAAGUUCCGCAACACUCUCAGUCAAUUCUCUGUCGGCCACCGAAAUUAAAUGUGAAGACAGUGACGAUGAAUCUGAUGGAUGGGAAACUGACUUGGAAUGCGAUGAUCAGGUAGUAAUGCCAUUCUUAAGGCUUAAGAUUUUAAAAUUUUUAAGAUAGUGUAGAUUGAAAAGAAGUAUUAAUUUGCCAUCAUGUAACACCUUCUAAGAUACAGCAGUACCCUUGGUGUUUUUGAAAUUCCAGAUAAUUUGAGCCAAACUAACUUCUCUUCAUCAGUCAAACACUGUAAUUUUAUGCUGAUUUUUUAAACCUCCCUAUAAUUUGAACCAAUUUGCUUUUCCCACUUUGUUUUUAAAAACUGGGAUUUCACUGUAAUGAAAUACACUAGUGUAUCAAAAGUACAUGCAGAGGCAUUGCCAGCAUAUAAACCUGUAGGCCCAGGCCUACAAAUUUUUGGUUUGAUCACUCUACUGCUUGUAAUAAAUUAUGUGUUGUUGGGGUGAGGUAAAAAGCUUAAGAGGUCAAAAUGUUGGUGAGGUCAGUGCAGGCCUACAACUAGUCAAAAAGCUGGGUAUGCCCUAACCUGAGAACAGGCUCAAUUUUCGUUUCACUUUGUAAAUAACAUUUCGGCGGAUAGGGCAAAACGACAGCGGUAACCAUUAGAGAGAUUGUAUGAGAACCGCUAAAAUUGGGCCUGAUCUCAGGUUAGCUAUGCCCCUGAGUACAUGUAUCUUGGGGCUUUAUUCCAUGCACCACUAGACGUCUGUCUUCACAUUUAGUUUAUGUCUACUUCACCCUGGGGGUGUACUCCCUUACAUGGCAUAUAUGGGGAAUGCAAUGUGCCACUGGACAGGCUAUGGUUUUUACCCUUUGUCCUUAACAAGGUACAUUUAUAUCAUUUGGCACAAGUCUUUCCUAAACAGGGUAUAUAAUUUCAUGCAAGUAUGUCCCAAUGUAAACAGGAUAUUGCCUGCAUGAUUGAUUUGACUUGCUUGAGGAAAUAUGUAUACAGAUUAACCUUCUAUAAUUUAAAAUAUUGCUAACUAUUAAAGAAAAGUAAACUAAAUUAAAGCCUGUUUUACAUGAAUGCCGCGUCGAAAUUAGUUAAGAAUAUGUGUAUACUAUAAGUAUGAAAGCUAUGACUACAUGUAUAAUGUGAAUUACUUAGCUCUAUAGUAAUUGCCAAGAAAAUGGCAUGCAUUUUGUUCUUUGUACUAAACAGGGGUAAGAAAAUUAAGGUUGUUCUCCUUAACAGGGUAUCUAUUUUAGAAUUUUUUUGUCCUAAACAUGGUCGGGGUUCAAACCCUCAGCGGCUCACCUAUACCCAAAUAUCGGUCAAGUACCCUCAUGGAGACUGCACCUUUCAUAGAAGUGGGUCAUCUCAUCACAUAGGUUUCUGUUGCACUCUUUGCGGCAGUUUGAACAGAUUUUCAUAUCAGGCUGGAGUGUUAUUCAUGUAGACAUGAUAAUCUAUCCAGUCUAUAGUGUGGAGCCUAAAUCUCCAAUUUUUUGCAGGACUUUUUACAGUUGAAGCCUCAGUAUGACCCCACUGGUCGGGCACUUUACAGGCGAGCAUGCCAGAAACUUGGAAUUGUUCCUGCGUCUUACUUUGUGCGUCACAUGACUGAGCCUACUGUUGCCAUGUCUCAUCAUGGGCUUGGCCCACUCGGAAUCAGGGCUAUGGCUUUAGCUCUUUUAUACAACACUAAAGUGACAAGCCUUGAUGUAAGGGACAAUGGUAUUGGAGAUGAGGGAGGAGAAAUCAUAGCAAAGCUCUUGAGAGAAAACUACUUCAUUGUGGAAUUAGACAUAUCUGAAAACCAGCUUGGAAGAAGUUCUAUUGUGGAGAUCGCAGAAACACUCAAGGAAAACAACACGCUGAUAAAGCUUGGACUUGCUGGGAAUUCUCUGGAUGACAAAGAUGCUGAUAUACUUUGUGGAUCUCUGCUUGUAAAUAAUACACUGACUCAGUUAGAUUUGAGCUGCAACAAAUUCUCAAACAAAGGUUGCGAGUACUUUGCAAAAUUACUUGACGAGAACAUCAGUCUAUCAGAGCUUGAUUUAAGCUGGAAUCACAUUCAAGCUCAAGGAGGAAAAAUGCUGGCUAAAGGACUUAGAGGAAAUGUAAAGCUCAAGUCUUUAAAUUUGGCAUGGAAUGGUUUAGCAACAGAUGGAGCCAAAGCACUUGCUGGAGCUUUAAUAGAGAAUGGAACCCUACAAGAGUUGGAUUUAAGUAGCAAUAGAAUUUCAGAUGCAGCUGCUUUUAGUAUUGCAAGAAGCCUGGAAAACAAUUCUUCUCUUGAAGUUCUAAAGCUAGCAAAGAACCAUCUUCAAAAUAAUGGUGCUUGUGCUAUUUUAAACUCAAUCACCAAAAAUGGAGAUAGUAGACUAAACAAAAUCAACCUUUCAGGUGUCAUUGUUAAAGACGAAUUUCACUUAAUCGCAGAAGAACUGCAAAAUCUGAGGCAGAUUAGUAUAAUAACAGAGGAGACAACUGAAACAAAAGCUAAGAAGGAGGAACCUGAUCCCGGUACUCUUCUGCGUAACUACAUAGCAAAAGAGCAUGUUCUUGUCGUCGAUUUGUUCCGCAAGUUAGAUCGUGAUGGAAGCAUGCAAGUGAGUGUGAAAGAAUUUGCAGAAGGAUUACGCAAAUCAGAUGUUGGGCUGACUCAAUAUGAGGUAGACAGAAUGAUUGACGUGUUGGACGUUGAUAAAGAUGGUGAAAUAGAUUACAGUGAGUUUGUGUACAUUCAGUCUGAGUGGAAAAGUGAAGAGAAAGGAAAGAGAAAAUUAUCCUCAAUGUAG